CUUAGUUGAUUUUUUUUUUAAAAAAAAAAAAAAUUGUACUUUGACAAAAGCGAGUCAGAGCAGCCAGACCGGCUUCAGCUUCAGCUUUCUACCAUUAUUUUAUUAUGGUCUUCAUUGAAAGUUCAAAACAAAUAACCAAACCAUCAAUCUGCCAUUACUGAUCAUUUUUCCUUUUCUCUCAAAAGGAAAAAAUGGGUGAGUCUGGAAUCUCUUGUUCUGGUUGGAUCGAUAAUUGGGAUAUGGAAUCAUACCCAGUAGCUCAAGACUUCAUCUUUCUUCUCUUUUUCGCUGUGCUUUUCCCUUCUGUUCGGCUUUUUCUCGACAGAUUUGUCUUUGAGGGAAUAGCUAGGCGCUUGAUUUUUGGAAGGAAACAUUAUGAGCUGAACUUGGAGAAACAGUGGAGGAGAAAGAAAAUAAACAAGUUCAAAGAGUCUGCAUGGAAAUGUCUAUAUUACUUUUCAUCAGAGCUUUUCGCUCUUUAUGUCACCUAUAAUGAACCCUGGUUCACUAAUACCAGAUACUUUUGGGAAGGUCCUGGAAAUCAGACUUGGCCAGACCUGAAAAUGAAAAUGAAAUUGAAGGGGCUGUAUAUGUAUGCUGGUGGAUUCUACAUUUAUUCUACCUUUGCUCUGGUGUUCUGGGAAACAAGGCGAUCCGACUUUUACGUCACAAUGGCUCAUCACUUGGCAUCAGUCACCUUAAUUUUGUUUUCUUACAUGUUAAGGUUUGCUAGAGUUGGUUCACUCAUUUUAGCUAUCCACGAAGGAACUGAUGUGAUUUUAGAGAUUGCAAAGAUGGCAAAGUAUAGUCACUAUGAAGGGUUUGCCAGCGUUUUCCUUGUUCUUUUCAUUCUCUCAUUUACCCUACUUCGCAUUAUUUACUAUCCAUUCUGGAUACUUUGGAGUACAAGAUAUGAAGUUGUUUCAGUCUUGGGUGAGGAUAUUAUUAUGGUACAUGGUGUCUAUUACUACCUAUUUAACACCCUGCUCUUCGGUUUGUUCCUUUGUCAUAUUUAUUGGUGGCUACUCAUGCUUCGGAUGCUUGUAAGGAAAAUCAAGACAAGUAAGCUGGAAGACGACGUUCGAUCUGACAAUGAAGAUGAAGAACAUGAUGAUUGAUGACCACAAUAAUUGAAGUAUUAUGAUGCUAAGUGCCAGCCUUUGAUUCUCGGAUGAGUUACUUCCCUGCCUUUGUACCCCAUUUUCCAGGCAAUUUAACUCCUUAGCUUUACUACAUAUGUUAUUAUGCAUAUUGUAUACUCUGUAAUAGAAACUUUUUAUUACACUGCAGCCUCAUGCAACCUCAGAGGGAAUGUUUAAACAGAGUGUCAAAUGUAAAAUUUCAUGGUAUUAAAAAAAAAAAAAAAAGAGGGGUUGAUAUCAUAA